AUGCCUCCGAAAAAGCAAGCUGCGUCGAAGUCUCGCAAUCAGCUCGACUCCAUCGAGUACAUUCCGAUAUUCAGAAAUGUAUUGAACACUAUACAACUAAAUGCUUUGUCUAGCGCAAAGGAUUUGUUCCGGGAUUUUAUUAAGGAAAUUAAUGAAAACAAUGACAGACCACUUGUGCAAAACGUUUUUGAGGAACAUAUGCAACAAAUUUCCAAAGAUUUAGAAUCUAACUGCGAAUACGGUUAUCCAUCUAUUUCGGCAAAUGUGAAAGAAGAAGUCAUGGACACAAUUGAUGAGAAUAGAUAUGAGCAAGAAACAGCUGAAUCGUGUUCGUCGAAAACACCGCGAACUGUUCGUACGAGAACACCUCAAAAUCUCGAAGAAGCCACCGACGAAGAAAUGGAAGAUCUAGUUAUUCCAAUGACGGCUAAAAAAAUGCAACAGAUGAGUAUUACGAGGACUACAGCAUAUAAAAGCCCAAUGAAAACUCCUCGAAAAAAUGUACACAUGCCGAAACACUCAACGCCGAAAAUUUCCGCGAAAUCGGCACCGAAAAUGGAUUUCCAUGAUAAGUUGCAACACGCUGACGAUCUUCGAAAAAUUCAACAGGAACAGAAGACACUUCGGCUUAAACAACAACGGGAGGAACGUGAACGAGCGGCUCGGGAAAGAAGAGAAGCCAUGGAACGCGAGGAACGCGAAAAGCACGAAAUGAGAAGGAAAAAGGAACUGUUGGCGCAGCAAGUUAAUGCUGCGAACAUGCGGACGCCUCCGCGAUCACCGAGUCGCAAAAUUUUGCCGCGUCUUGCGAAGACACCCUCGGCAAGCAGUAAGGACGCGACACCCGGAAGAAGACCGGCUAAGUUUGGAAAACUCGAAGUUUUCGGAAAUGAAUCAAAACCAACACCAACUGUCAGUAUUUCGCCGUCCAGAGAUAGAAAAAGAAGCAUUAAACGGGAGAAAUUAACUAUGGUUCGACCGCCGACGCCUGAUGAGACGAAACGGUUGAGAGCCGAACAGGAAGCGUACUUGUUGAACCUCCAAAAUCAUGUACAGGAUAAUCAAGAGGAGAAGCAGGAGAAAGAGCGAAAAGAACUAGAGAAAGAACGAAAAGAACGAGAAAAAGAGAAAGAAGUAAAACGAUUACUCGAGGAACAAAAAAGGAUUGCCCGUGAAGAGAAUGAAAGACAAAUUCGAGAAGAAGAGAAUAGAAAGUUGCGCCAGAAGAAGGCUGAAGAAUUGGAAAGGAAGAAGCAAGAGGAGCUUCAAAGAAUUGAACUGCAAGCUCAGAAAGAAAAAGAGGCUUUGCAGGCUGAAAUGGCCAAAAAGGCAAAAAAUCUGCCCGCGUCAUAUGAGAUGACACCUCCUCGGGUAUACACGACCAAUUCGGCUGAUGAUUAUGGCCUUCAUGAUCUGAAUAGUGAUGAUGAGACCGACAAUGAAGAUGAGCCCAGAAAGAAGAUUCCAGCUUGGGCUGAUUUCGGAAAAGUCCGCGCCGCCGUUCGAGAGCACUUCUUAAAUCCUCCGUUCGACGUCAACGAGUUCUUCGGAGAAAUUCCGAUAUCGGAAUUAAAGAUCAUUUUUGGCGAGACCGUUCGAUUGAAGAAAAGAGGAUCGUCAGCUGUGUGGAAGACUCCAAUGAACAAAAUUAAGACAGUCGAAGAAUUUAACGAAGAGUUUUUCAAGGGUAUUGCGGUCCCGCUUACCCGCGAUUAUUCGAGAUUGUCUAGCUCGCCGAGUCGCGAUUGUGAGCACGACGACGAUUACUUUAAGAGAUUUAAUCCCCCGGUUGAAUGUGACACUCCAAUGAAAAUGAAGCUGUAUCCGGUAAAACCAGAAGAAAACGAGUCGCUCACAAACACAAACGAGAAUCUUGCGGGUUCGGCAUCCUCAAGCAUCCACAAUUCCGAUGAAAUCAUCACUGAGAAACCAGCACCGGUUCCGGUUGCGCCUCCAAGAGCACCAUUGAAGGUUGUGCCAGCAGCUACGAAUGUUGAGGACGAGCUUAUCGAAGAUUUGUCACGUCUUGCUAUGUUUGUUCCGAAAAAACCCGAGGAGCGUCUUUCACAACGGCGUCGUUCGGAACAAAAGAAGAAAGCUGAGGAGGAGACCAAGCGGAGAUCGGCGAUUGUCGCGAGGAGUGCCACCGAGAAUUCGACUGCACGCGCUCGUUCGAACAGUGUCAACCGGAACUCUCGAGAACCUUCUGUUACGCGACCUGCAACUGGAUCUCGCGCGAGCUCAAUGACGCGCAAGGCUCCGGUUCGUGUUGAAGGUACAGGAGUGAUUACCAGAUCAAUGGCCAAGGCUAUUAGUGGAAAUACGCCAACUGCACCAGCGCCGAAACCUCCAAUUCGUAGAAGCUAUAUGGCUCCGAUUGCGUCCAAAACGCCAACUUCCGUUUCUGGCGCAACUGCAGCUUCAAGAUCGCGAGAUCGCACCCGUCGAUCGAACAUUACGGCGCAGUCGGCGGACAGACCGAAGGUUCAAUCAAAGGUGGGAGCUUCAACACCAGUCGCACCGCCAAGAAGAAGCUCUUCAACGAGCAAGGCUGCCCCCGCUAGUGGUGCUCGACCGAUCGCUAUGGCGAAUAGAUCGAUGACGCUGCGCAUGAAUGCGCUUCAAACUCACAAAUCCAUCUUGGAAUCGAAUAAAGCAAAAGCUGAUCCGAAACCUUCAAUUACAAAACCAGCCCCCGCACCACUUGCGACACGUAGAGCUCCGUUGAGAGUUAAGCCGUCAACACCCGCGAAAACCACAACUAGCAAGCCGAUUGGUGGAUCAGCUCAACGAGCAACAAAAGCUGGUCCAACGCCACUGAGGUCAAGCUCUGUGACUGGACGAUCUGAAAAUACGGUCACUUCUCAGAAGCACUUGUCUCGUCAGGAAGCUAACAACCUCUUCAGUCGACUUUCGACGCCAAAAUCAGUUGCCCCUCCUGUUCGCGCUGCGACGAAGCCAGCUAACACCUCCGCAUCCUUGCAUCCAAGGCCGGUGCCAUCUUUCAUUUACAAUGUUCAGAGCAAUGGUCUUCCAACCACCGGAGGUCUUCAUGGAAUCCGCGCUCCAUCGAGAGAACGCUCGCAAUCUGCAGCCAGAAAACAAUAA